AACUCUCUACUGGAUCUGGAUGUCGAUCCAUUGCUUGAGAUAACAUGGAGAUCCUGUUUCAGUGAAGCAUGUGUCAAUAACAACACAACCCUCACUUCCAAGUUUAUAAUAAUUGAUGCUUGUCUGAGAAAGGUGCCUAGUUCAUACCCAGACGGGGACUGCUUUGUACAGAGAAGAUUUACCUUCCUAAAUGAAUAUCAGAACAUAUCACCAAUGCACGGCCAGAACAUUUAUAAAUUGAAGAAACUAAAGACAAAAAACUUCAGCUUAAACCAGAUUCAUCUACUUAUACCAGGACCCAUCCAGCCACUAGAGUUGGAAAUAUCAAUGUACCGACAAGCCUCAGCAACAGACUCACUAAAGUUGAUCUUCACCCAACACACAAAAUUAAACAGUACCCAGCAGGAACAAACCAGCUGGAUAAACCUAGAGCUUUACCUGUCACCAAACCACACCAAAGUGGUUUCAGUACCAUUAUUGCUUCUAUGGAGUUGUGCAAAUUAUUUCUAUGGUACCAACUGCAGUACAUUCUGUGAUGCAACAAAGCACCAGCUGUUCUCUUGUGAUAAGGCAGGAAAUAAAGUCUGUCAACUUGGCACUGUAAAUGAAUACUGUCCAUCUCCAGAAAUACAAGAAUCUUCCAUAGCAAGAGUCCGAAGACAAUCUGAUUCCUCCCCUAAAUCAGUGUUUCCUCCUGAUCCAUGUCAUAGUGCCCCCUGCAAGAAUGGGGCCAGCUGCUGGAGGACAAGCAAUGGAACCAGCUUCACUUGUGAAUGUCAGAUUGACUACACUGGAAUGCUAUGCGAUUAUGGUAUAGACGACUGCAUUAAUAACACAUGCCAGAAUGGAGCAACAUGCGCUGACAAAAUUGGAUUCUUCACAUGUGACUGUGCCGCUGGUUUCACAGGGGCACUAUGUGAAACAGAUAUCAAUGAGUGUGAAAGUUCACCUUGCAUUAAUGGAGGCACAUGUGAGCAGCCUACACCUGACAACUUCUUCUGCAGGUGUCCGGAAGGAAGUUAUGGUCGAUUUUGCCAAAUUAUUCAAGAUGCUUGCUCAACUCAAAACCCUUGUUUGAACGGUGCCACAUGUCAACCUGGACGAGGCCUUAAUUACACAUGCAUCUGUCCCCUGGGUUUUACUGGAUAUAACUGCACUUCAGACAUUAAUGAGUGUAAUUCCAAUCCUUGCAGAAAUAGUGGUACCUGUGAACAGGGUCCUCCUGGUACCUUUUAUUGUAACUGCCCUUUGGGUUUCACAGGAUUGCACUGUGAGGUUAAUAUCAACGAGUGUAAACCAAAUCCUUGCUUUCAUGGAGUAUGUAAGAAUGGAUCACCUGGAAGCUACAUUUGCAUCUGUUAUGAUGGCUAUCUCGGUGACCAGUGUGAGAUAAGGAGAGACAUGUGUCUGUACCAGCCUUGUCUUAAUAAUGGCACUUGUCAAAAUACAUCCCCCGGUAACUAUGUGUGUAUCUGUGCAGUUGGAUUCGAAGGUAACAGAUGCCAAAUUGAUCAUGACGAAUGUGAAAUCAACAAGUGCCAACACAAUGGUAUUUGUCGUGAAGGGAAGCCUGGCUCAUUCUAUUGUGAAUGUCUUCGUGGGUUCAAUGGUAAAUUAUGUGAAAGAGACAUUGAUGAGUGUGCCAGUCAUCCUUGUGUUAAUAAUGGUCAAUGCCGACAGGGAAAACCUGGUUUUUUCAUCUGUGAUUGUCCCCAAGGCUUUAGUGGAAUUACUUGUCAAGGAGAGAUUGAUUUCUGUAAGUCAAGGCCUUGCAGGAAUGGUGGUACCUGUCUCCAUGACGAAGGCAGUGGGUUUUAUCAAUGUGUCUGCCAAGUUGGAUAUACUGGAAAAAACUGUGAAAUGGAUUUGAAUGAAUGUUCAUCUUUCCCUUGUCAAAAUGGUGGAACCUGCAGUGAAGAUCGUAUUGGUUCCUUCAAAUGUACAUGUCCACAAGGUCUAACUGGAACAUUCUGUAAUAUUGACAUCAAUGAAUGUGAGGGGCAACCUUGCCUAAAUUCUGGAACAUGUGUUCAAAGCAGACGUGGAUUCUUUGAUUGCUUCUGUAUUCGUGGCUACACAGGGAAGUUAUGUGAAACCAAAAUUGAUGAAUGUGCGUCACACCCAUGCAAAAAUGGUGGUACCUGCGCAAACACAGAGCCUGGAUUUGUAUUCUGCAGCUGUCCAAUUGGUUUCCAGGGUGUCUACUGUGAAAAAAAGGAUGAUGCUUGUCGUUCAGCACCAUGUCGUAAUGGUGGCAAGUGUGAGACAAGACCAAGGGGAAACUAUCUGUGCCACUGUAGAAAUGGCACCCAGGGAAAGCAAUGUGAGUUUGACAUCAAUGAGUGUGCCAGCCACCCUUGUCUAAAUGGUAUAUGUCGCCAGGUGGGCCUUGGCGGGUAUGAGUGCCUUUGUAAUGACACAGGAUUUACAGGGAAAAAUUGUGAAACUGAUAUCAAAGAAUGUGAUUCUCGUCCAUGUCUAAACAAUGGUACUUGCUGGGAAGAAGAACCUGGAAACUUCAAAUGUCUGUGUCAAAAUGGUUUCAAUGGAGAUUUAUGCUAUAAUGAUAUCAAUGAAUGUCUCGAUGACCCAUGUUAUAAUGGUGGCUUCUGUGAAGAAGGUGUUCCUGGUACUUUCAAAUGCAAAUGUCAGACUGGUUAUUAUGGUGCUCGCUGUGAGAAAGAGAAGAUUUGCCACAACAAAUGUUUCAAUGGAGGAACAUGUAAGGAGCUGAGCAUGUCCGAAUACAAAUGUGAUUGCCAAGAAGGAUUCACAGGCCACAGAUGUGAAGUGAACAUUAAUGAAUGCUUAAGCAACCCAUGUCAGAAUGGUGGUAUAUGUAUUGACAAAAUUAAUGGGUACAUUUGCAAAUGUAUGAAAGGUAUCACUGGGAAGUACUGUGAAACUAACAUUGAUGAUUGCAGCCCUAACAGAUGCCAAGCUAAAGCUGCUUGUAUUGACUGGGUGGAUGAUUUCUUCUGUAAAUGCCCUGAUGGCCUUGCCGGAAAAAUUUGCAAUGAAACCCAACCAGGAAAAAAAUAUAUCCCAUGUCACUCACACAUCUGUCUUAAUGAAGGUAUCUGCUUCCAGAAUGAAUUUGAUAAAAAGUAUUGUGUUUGUCCAAAAGGUUUCAAAGGACCAUUUUGUGAAAUCAACAUCGAUGACUGUAAACCAAAUCCUUGCCUACAUAAUGGAACCUGUACGGAUCUGAUUGAUGACUUCUAUUGCUACUGUCCAAGCUGGUUGACUGGAAAAAUUUGUGAUGAAACCCAGCCAGACAAAAACUUCGGUCUAUGUGAAAAAAAAAUUUGUUUUAAUGAUGGAGUUUGCUUGAAAAACGAGUUUGGAGUAAAAUACUGUGUUUGUCCAAGAGGUUUUAAAGGACCAUUGUGCAAAACUAACAUUGAUGAUUGCACACCAAACCGAUGCCAAGGCAAUGGAACCUGCAUUGACCAAAUUGAUAAUUUUCAUUGCCGCUGUCCAAGCUGGUUAACAGGGCAACUCUGUGAAACCAAAAUUGGUCCCAAACCACUGAUCGAUGGAGUGGCCUCAACUGGUAUUGAUGGCAGUACCUUGGCAGUUCUUCUGUUGCUCUUCUAUGGUAUAGCUUUCAUCAUCAUAAUCAUUGCUUGCAUAUGGACACGCAAAGAACGGAGACAUCCAAGAGACUUCUGUUUCGAAAUCCCUCUCAAUAAAUAUUACAACAUAUCUGAUUUAAUGUAAUAAUAAUAACAAUAAUAAUAAAUACAUAAUUUCUUA